AUGAUCUCCACAAAGCGUUCUGCCGAAGUUGGCACACCGCAGCCAGCAAAACGUCUGAAGCCGAGUGACGAUGACAUCGAACUGGCAAACGAGGAUGAUGUGAUUCCACCUUCUCCGCCAGAUACGUCGCUCGUCCCAAAAAGCGCCACUAUCAACUUCAGUGCCCUUACUCGUAAAUUGGCCCUGAAUAAGAGGUCAACGGAUGACGACACCCCCGUAUCGGGUUUAUCUUCGUUCGAAGUGCAUCGUAGACAACAGGACAAACUGAUAUCUCAUAUUUUUAUGGAUCAAGACUUUUCAUGGCUACAUCUCAAGUUGGACCAUCAGUCGCGCCCUCUGUGGAUCAGUCCUGAGGACGGACAUAUUAUUCUGGAAGCAUUUUCACCUAUUGCUGAGCAGGCUCAGGACUUUCUUACAGCUAUCAGCGAACCUGUCAGUCGACCUGCGAUGAUCCAUGAGUAUAAACUCACGUCUUAUUCGUUGUAUGCGGCAGUUUCUGUUGGAUUACAGACGGAUGAUAUCAUUGAAGUUCUCAACCGGCUGUCAAAGGUUAGAGUCCCUGUCCCAGACUCGAUCAUUGCUUUCAUUCGAAGUUGUACUUUAAGUUACGGAAAAGUCAAACUCGUGUUAAAGCACAACAAAUACUUCGUCGAAUCCAACCACCCCGAGACCUUGCAAUUGCUGCUUAAAGACAGAGUCAUUAGAGAAGCUCGUAUCGUCACAGCGCAAACAGACAACAGCAUCAAAGCUGCCACAUUCACCACUUCGAAAGCCCCUACACGAGGAAAUCUCGUUAUACCCGGGACUGAGAAAAAGAAGGAUGAGGCUGGAGAUGGAACACCUGGUCAAUCCAAAGGCAAUCCCUCAGAUGCAGACCUCUUCACAUCUGUUGUCGGGGUCGAUGCAGAUGAGAUCGAGGAAGAUGAUGACAGUGUACAUGCCUUCGAAAUUGAUGACAAAAAGAUCGACGAAAUCAAAAAACGAUGCAAUGAACUUGAGUACCCUAUGUUGGAGGAGUAUGAUUUCAGAAAUGAUACUCUGAACGCGAAUCUUGACAUUGAUCUGAAACCGGCUACUGUAAUUCGGCCGUAUCAAGAAACCAGCUUGAGCAAGAUGUUCGGGAAUGGUCGUGCGCGUUCUGGAAUCAUCGUCUUGCCUUGUGGAGCUGGCAAAACGCUGGUUGGCAUAACAGCUGCGUGUACUAUAAAAAAGUCCUGCCUUGUUCUUUGUACUUCAUCGGUUUCCGUCAUGCAAUGGAAACAACAAUUCAUGCAAUGGUCCAAUGUGACUGAUCGCCAGAUUGCAGUCUUCACGGCAGAUCAAAAGGAGAAAUUCUCCGGUGAAAGUGGAAUCGUCGUAUCGACAUAUUCUAUGGUCGCAAACACACAUAACCGAUCACAUUCGGCUCAAAAGAUGAUGGAUUUCUUGACUUCCCGGGAGUGGGGUUUCAUUCUUUUGGAUGAGGUGCAUGUUGUACCUGCUGUUAUGUUCCGACGUGUGGUCACAACUAUCAAAGCCCAUUCCAAACUGGGUUUGACUGCCACUCUUGUUCGAGAGGACGACAAAAUUGCGGAUCUGAACUAUAUGAUCGGGCCGAAGCUGUAUGAAGCUAAUUGGAUGGACCUUGCAGCUAAGGGGCAUAUUGCGAAUGUCCAGUGCGCUGAGGUUUGGUGUCCUAUGACCCCAGAAUUUUACCAUGAAUACCUGAAAGAGCAGUCACGGAAACGCAUGUUGCUCUAUUGCAUGAACCCGAACAAAUUCCAAUCGUGCCAAUUUCUCAUUAAAUACCACGAAGACCGAGGCGACAAAAUUAUUGUUUUUUCAGAUAAUGUGUUUGCAUUAGAGGCUUAUGCCCGACAUCUGAAAAAACUCUUCAUUCAUGGUGGUGUUGGUCAAUUGGAACGAAUGGCGAUUUUGUCAAAAUUCCAACAUGACCCCAACGUCAAUACCAUAUUCUUAUCAAAGGUUGGAGAUACAUCCAUCGAUCUCCCGGAGGCGACAUGUUUGAUUCAGAUCUCCUCCCACUUCGGUUCUCGGCGCCAAGAAGCCCAGCGUUUGGGGCGUAUUUUGCGCGCAAAGAGGAGAAACGAUGAAGGCUUCAACGCCUUUUUCUAUUCUCUCGUUUCCAAGGACACACAGGAAAUGUUUUAUAGUACUAAGCGCCAACAGUUUUUGAUCGACCAAGGUUAUGCUUUCAAAGUUAUCACGCAUCUUGACGGGAUGGAAAAUUUACCAGACCUUGUGUAUCGAACGCGAGAUGAACAGAUUGAACUUCUUCAGUCUGUGUUGAUCGCAAACGACAACGAGGCAGAGCUUGGAUCAGAUAUUCGCCAUGUCGACGGUGACCUGGCGGGUACUGUGACGUCCAAGGACUUUGGUGGACCGACCAAGUUCCCACCUACCCAACGGACGACUGGGUCGCUUUCUGCCCUCAGUGGCGGGCAUCAUAUGUCAUAUAUCGAGCAGAACAAGUCGGCCAACAAGGGUAUCUCCCGUGCUGGCGCUUCCACAGCUGCCCCUCGACACAAACUGUUCGCUAAACGCGACAAAGACAAGGCAAGUGCGAGGAAGGAGGCUAGGAUGGCGGGGUGA